UAGGGUCCUUGCGGAAAGCCAACCGAACGCGUCGUUGGCCAUUUUGCUUGGGUCGUUGGGCGUCAACUCUGUCAGCGUAAGGCGUUGCCGAUUCUCCCUCGGACAUCUGUAAUAUUGGCUGGCAAUGACAAUGGCUGCCAAUGAAGCCAAGCCUACUGAAGAAGCACCCUCUCACCGAAGCAGCAGUAGCAGCAGCAAUCACAGCAACAGUAGUAGCAGUUCAAAUUCUUCUGAUACAAGCAGUGCCAGCAGCAGCACUUCAUCUUACUCAAGUAAACUGCCUGGUCCUCCUGAGGAAUUGGAGGCUAAGUUGUCUGAUUCUGAAGGCUUGUGUGACGAGUUAAAAGUAAAUGAAGAAAAUGACAAAGAUGUCCCUAAAGUGUUGGAGUCUCAGGAGAAUAUGUUUAUUGCAAAUGAUCUGUUCUCUCACAAUUCUCCAUGUCCAAGUGAAGAUGGCUUUGAAGGUUUUUCCAGCCCAGCCAGGGAAAGGAAAACUUAUUUGAGUGCACAAACCAAUUCUGAAAGUUCAUCAAAAUCUGUUUUGAAUUUACAAAGAGAAAUUUUUGAUACUUGUGAAUCUGAAGAAGAAAAAAUUGACUCCUCUUCUAGUGAUUAUGAAUCUGACCAUGGUGAAUCUCAUAGUGAUUCUGCUGAAAAAAUAUGUGAAUCUUUAACAAUAAAAAAUGAUGGAGCUAAUCUAUCUGAAAAUGAUAAGACAACACAAGAGCUAGCCAAUGAUGUUCCAAAAAUUGAAAUUUGUGAGAGAAACAAAACAAAACUGUCUCCUGGCAUGCAGUCAGUUGAGCAAAUGACUAAAGCAGCCAUUGGAGAAGUGGUGGAAGCUUUAGAUGAUGACACAACUGGUGAGGCUGUCAAGCUACCAAACAAUGUAAUCAAGAAAAUUAUAGAGAAGAAAGAGGAAUUACUUAUUGAAGGCCCCAGUAAACUAAGCAUUGGCAGUCUGCUUUGUACUGCUAGAAAAAAUGAUGCAUCAGCCUUAUUGAAAUCUAAGAAAAUUUCACUUAACCCUGAUAUGAGAUUAGGUAUUGACCCUAAUUUGGAGCCAUCAAGCUCUAAAUUAGAUCAAAAUUCACUUGCUCCCAAUGACACUGAAUUACAUUCUUCACUAACUGAAACUGGCAAGAGUAUCACCAUCCCAAAAUCAACAACAGAGAAUAGUUUGAAGACUCAGGGUUUUUCUCCUAAUGAUUUUGGGAAGAAGUUAUUUAAUGGGACGCCAGACCAUAUCAAACCUCACACAUCCUGCCCCACAUCCUCUGAAGAAGAUGAGGAGGAAGAACAAGAAGAGACAGAUAAAGAUGGAGAACCUCCUUUGCCCAUCCAAGCAGAGGUGGUGAUGUCUGAAGGCAGUGACAGUGAAAGCCAAGCACCAAAUGAGAAGAGGAAAAAUUUCUCUAGUUCCUCCAACUUGCUAAGACCACAUGAAUUUCUGAACAAUGGCUUGAAUGGUGCUGACAUCUCUGAAUUACUUCGAAGCUAUGUUGGGGGAGAUCAAAGCGGUGAAAUGGUUCAGUUCCAUCCCUCAAGUAAUGCAUUGCCCAAGGCAUGCUCAAAUUUAUCCUUGUGGCAGCUGGACUCUGUCAAACUACCAGCCUUUGUUCCUUCACAGAAAACUCCUGACUGGAUUCGUGUCACCAUCCCCCCUGAGGGGUACAAAUGUCACAGCUGCGGUGACACGUUCUUUUUGGAUUCGUCAAGGGAGUCUCACAUGCAGAGACGCAGUCUGCUCAUCAACCUGGAGUGUGGCCCAUGUGAUGCUCGACUGACUUUCUACAAUAGAUGCGCCCUCAGAGAACACUUGCGCAUGCACAUCAUGAAAGGCGAGGAUGUUGACGAUGACACCGUGGAGGUGCGCUCUCUGCCAGUGCACAUGACGCCCCUCCUGCAGCCUUACGUUGUGCCCGUUCCCAGAGUCACAGAUGAGAUGACGCGGUCGGUUGGAGAGAACGAUGGAGUGGUGCAGACUAAAAACUCGUCAUGUGACCGCAUGCUGAGGUGCUUCAUGUGCGACCGCAUGUUCUACAGCAUACGUGAGCUCAUGGCACACAUGCGUACUGAUCAGGCCUUCUCUGACAAGCGCGUUGAGUGCCGAAAGUGUCAACUGAUCCUGCCAAGUGUUUGUGCUGCCAAGGCGCACAUUUUGACCCACCCUCCUACCAACGAAACCAAUAUUUCCGUGUGUCCCGAGUGCGGCUCGCUGUGCGAGUCGCCACGAGAUUUUGUGCACCACAUCAACACGUGCGGUCACCACUACAGGCGCUCUGGUAUCAUUUGCAGUGAAUGCCACGUCUGCUUCUUCCGUUCCGAUGACGAGUUUCUCUCGCAUUGGAUAAAGGAACACUGCAAUAAAAGUUACGAGUGUUCGGUUUGUAGCAAACGUUUUGAAAGCUUAGUAUUUCACAGCUGUUCGACUCCCGGGCAACAGGUGCUAAGUGCUUUCAAAUGUGUGCUCGACUGUCCACUCUGUGAUGAGUCCGUUCUUGUCGACACGCUUGAGCACGACGACAUUCAUUUCCAAGUGCGCGAGCAUCUCGACAAGAGCCACACCAGAACCAUUAAUCGUGUUCACUAUGUGUAUAAGUCUAAAUUCUGCAGCAAUGCUUUCCGAAGUAAAGACGAGCUACGCGCACAUCAUGAAAGAGAGCAUCGAAGGGAUAACCAUUAUCGCACGAAGUCGUGUUCCCUCCACCACACCGUCGUGGCUGCCCAGCAGAAAUAUUCUAUUACAGCAAAUGAAGUCCGCUACUCUGAGCAAAGAGGAGCUUUGGUCAGCCUGCCUAUACUGUUGAGCGCCGAGGAGCAGGAAGAAACGCGCUUGAGGGAAAUUCCAACCGUCAGCUGUAUCUUGGAUAAAGAUUUAUUCCCUGAGAUGCCUAGUGCUGUUGACCCUUUGACAGGACAGAGAGUUACAGUCGUUGAUGGCGUGAAAGUCGAUGCCUUGACUGGAGAGGUUUUGAAUGCUGUUAACUCGGACACCCCCAAGAGUAGGCCUAGUUUAGACGAUGGUUUCAGCCCGUAUGUGUGCUACAGAUGCGGCCUCACGCACUCCGAAAGAAAGAAACACAAACGCCACGUACGGAACUGCACAGGCGAGAUGAGAGACCGAACCUGUCGCGUGUGCCAUAACAGCUUCAGGGGCGAGAAUUUCGUCCUACAUUGCCGCUAUCACAUGCAACAGGGCAUCAUCCUGUGCAUGUUUUGUAACGCUGCUCAAUUUGAAUCCAUGGAGAGGCUUCAUAGCCACUUCGAGAAACAUGCUCAUGAGCAAUUCGUCUACCCAGCUGUGUGUCCAUUCUGUAGCAUUGUCAUGCCAGAUGUCGCUUCAUCGUUAUCUCACCUUAUCGACAAGCACGCUUUUCUAAUGAAUCUUAGCUCAAACAAUUCUAAUAAUUCCAGCAUUACAGCUGUAAGCUCAUCUCAACCCGUGAUAAUAGCAGCAGCGCCCGAGGCAUUUGUACCCUGUGAAAGAUGUGGCCGUAAGUUCCAAGGCGGUAGAGCCUUGUCAGUUCACUCCCUAUCGUGUCACACAUCCGGCAGUGCGGCCCAGUUGCCCAACACGCGCCAAUGUCUUGCAUGCAAGCGUGUCCUGACUCCUGAGACAAUAGGCAAACACAUGGCUGGUCACUUGCAAGAUGGCUUCAUUGUAUGCAGCUUGUGUGACGGUAAGCCUAUUGCCUCCAGCGGAGACUUACUGGAGCAUUUAGAAGAGCAUGUUUCCUCGCUCUCAUAUCCGUACUCUUGCAUCAUGUGCCAACUAAAAUUAGAAGAUCCUCAGGACGCUCUUGAGCAUCUCAAAGAAGAGCAUGGUUUGGGGCAUCUUGCUUGCCCUGAGUGUGACAUGAAUUAUACUUUCAGCCAACAGCUUGCUCGGCACACUGAAAUUGUUCACCGGGUCUGCCAGUACUCAAAGCGCCGUUAUAUCUGCUGGAUCUGCCGAGCCUAUGACCACGUCAAGAAAGAGACACUUAUGAAUCAUUUUUCAACUGCUCACGGUCUUGAACGAUCCCAAGUUAAUGAGAAAAUAAUGAUCAGAACAAGAGGUCAGGGAACGAUGCCAACUUCUCAAUUUGUACCAACUAAGCAAAUCAAUAAGAAGAAAUCGUCAGCUAGUGAUAAAUUCCCUGAUGAAGCACAAGCUCGUAGUUUCUGUGAAGUAUCGCCCACUGGAGGCUCCAUCAAUUCAAGUCCUGAAACGAAACCUCCUACAAUUGUUAAGGAUACUAGUCCCCCUGCGACGAAGCUAACAUCUCCAGCUGCCACUCCGUCAUCCAGUUCUGCCAGCGUUUCUCCACCUGAGAAAAGUUCCAUACCUAUUAUUCCUCAAAAGGUCACUGAUACGAAAAAUACCCAAAAAAUAAUUCGAGUUGACAUUAAAGAAGCUCUCAUUAAACCACAAGUCACCAAAGUGAGAAUAGAAGAGGCCACUAAUAGCACUGUAGUUAAGCCUGCUCCUAAAGUUAACGUUACAAUAAGUACAAACUUAGCUAAAACGAACACAAAUAUUCAACCUACCGUGUCCAUUUCUCCAUUGGAAGUUGGGGUAAAACGGAAACUUGAUACAAGUUCUGAUGGUGAAAAUUCAUCUGGUGUGUCCGUUUCCAGUGACUUGUCGUCAACAUCGUCUAACUUAAAAAAGAAGAAGAAAACUCAUCAGUGUAAUUCGUGUAGUUUUGCGACAAAUUUCAGAGAAAAGCUGGAACGCCAUAAGCAACGACAACACGGAUCUCCUGUCACUGGUUUUCUGUGCCAAGAAUGUGGUCAGUCGUUCGUAGUUCAACAGUCACUCGUGCGCCACAUGUUCUUUGAUCAUAAAAUCAAGUGGCAGAGCGACCUUGCCUCACGUAGCGAGUCGCCUGAUGUGAAGCAGCUAGAAAAUCCAGACGAGCAGCCCAAGCAAAUGGUAUGCCUAAAGCGGCCUGCUGGGCAGUUGGUAUUGGAUUCAAAUAAGAUGAGACGACUGAGCAAUAAUGACCGCCCCGAAGAUAGAAAAACGAUGUUGUCCAAUCUCCCUAAAGUGACUGCUCGCGGUCUCUUCGGUUCAACUCGACCGGACAGCAACAAAGUUAUUGUCACGCAAAGUUCGAUUAUUAGAGUUGAAAGAAGCAAGUCAGUUGACGGAGCCCCGACCGUUUCUAAAAUUAUUGCCAAGCCUAUUGGUGAAAAAGGCUUCGUGUCAGCGCCGUGCCUAAAAUCUGUUUCAGUAGUGAGUUUUGGAAUUAAUUCUGGUGUUGGCGAGCUUCCCAAGACAACUUUGAUAUCCGGUGACGGUAAAAUUCACCAGAACCAAAGCACCUCAAAAACCAUUGUUGUCGGCAAGCCUUUGCAAGUCCAGUCUUCGAUCGUCAGUUUGCGGCCUCCAGUAAAGAUCUCGUGUUCGUCCUUGGGAUCUAACGCCUCAGAGAAGUCCAAGUCCGCCUCAGCUCUCACAUUUAUGAAUACAUCAAACUCCCCUGCUGACUCCUCACCAAUCGUUUCUGUUCGGCUACCUUAUGUAUCUCUUGGUUCCCCACCAGGAGCAUCAUUAGUAAGUACUUCAAACGCCUUAAAAUCAGCAAGUGAUAGCUCGGCUGUCGUUCUACCAAACCAAUCGAAAAUUUCAGUCACGAACAAAUCCCAACCUCCGCCUCGCUCUUCUUCAGCUCCUAUCCCACAGUCCGCUAAUUCUAUUGUAACAAUGUCCGCUUCGAUCCCAGAAAUGCCCGACAUUGAAACCUCCGCUUCCGGUGCUCCUACAUCAGCUGAAUCAAUAGAAGAUGAAGUCGUGACCCUUGAUGAUGAUGCCAACGAAGAAAGUUAUGAAUGCGGAGUUUGCAACGAGGAAUUUAGUUCAGUAAGUGAACAGUACAGUCACAUGAGGACGCACGGCAUGGCAUUCUUGCAGAUUGGUCGUAAGCACAGGGCUUUACCUGCGCCCGGUGUCAGCUCUACAAAAGAUGAAAAUAAGGAAGCUGAGUUAGAUUCCCCAUGAAAUAUCGUGAUGCGCAAGUUGCAAGCGCGUUAUUUCGACUCCCAAUGAAUCUCUUAACACCGUUGCUUGGACUCGGAGUAAGUUGUCUGAUUUUUAGGCCCAAUCUUAUCGUAUAAUAAUUGCAUCGAGUUUUAGCUUGGAACUAUCUAUUGUUGUCUAACCUUACCUUUGUGGUGAAACCUAUCAUAGGAGUCCAGACGCUAGUCCUUCAUGGAGUUGUGACUUUUUUUCUAUUGUAUUUGUAUUUCCAACUACAGAUUGGACCUUAUUUAAUCAAAUCAUCUUUUAAAAUAGGGAUUGUUCAACACUUUUUGUGCGGCUAAAUUGGUUGUUAUAAAUGCUGUACAUAUCUAGAUGACUGAUACAGUGGGGGGAAAUAAAUAUUCGUAC